AUGCCUCGAGGAUCUGCCCUUUCGGACACUGAACGCGCUCAGCUGGAUGUUAUGAAAUUGCUCAAUGUGUCCCUGCAUGAAAUGAGUAGGAAAAUUUCCCGUUCUCGACACUGUAUUCGCGAGUAUCUGAAGGAUCCGGUGAGCUACGGUACAUCUAAAAGAGCUCCUCGUCGCAAAGCUCUCUCCGUGCGUGACGAACGAAAUGUGAUUCGUGCUGCCUCCAACUCCUGUAAGACGGCAAGAGAUAUUCGCAAUGAGCUUCAAUUGUCUGCUUCAAAAAGGACCAUCCUCAAUGUCAUCAAACGAUCUGGUGUAAUCGUUCGUCAGAAACUUCGCCCUGCUCCGUUACUCUCUGCAGACCAUAAACUCAAGCGAUUGGAAUUUGCUAAGAACAAUAUGGGAACGAAUUGGAGUAAAGUUGUCUUCUCCGAUGAAAAGAAAUUCAAUCUCGAUGGGCCUGACGGUUGCCGCUACUAUUGGCGCGAUUUGCGCAAGGAACCAAUGGUUUUUUCGAGACGUAAUUUUGGAGGAGGAACGGUGAUGGUUUGGGGAGCGUUCACGGAGAAGAAGAAGCUUGAGAUACAGUUCGUCAGUAGCAAGAUGAACAGCACUGACUAUCAGAACGUCUUGGAACUGGAGCUCUCCAAAUAUCUUCGUCACUACUCCAGAAAAGACUUUAGAUUUCAGUAGGAUAAUGCGACAAUCCAUGUGAGCAACUCAACCCGCGACUAUUUCAAGCUCAAGAAGAUCAACCUUCUUGAUUGGCCAGCUCGAAGUCCUGAUCUCAAUCCAAUCGAAAAUUUGUGGGGGAUUCUUGUCCGUAUCGUGUAUGCUCAGAACAAGACUUACCCAACAGUUGCAUCGUUGAAGCAAGGAAUUCUCGACGCUUGGAAGUCUAUUCCGGACAACCAGCUGAAAAGUUUGGUCAGAUCAAUGGAGGACAGACUGUUUGAGAUCAUCCGCACACAAGGAAACCCGAUUAACUAUUGA